AUGUCAACGGGUGGUGGCUCAGGUCCCGGUCCUGGGCAGCCAACGCCUUCGAUGAACCCACCCCAAGUCAGCACAAGGACCGAUACUAUCACUAAAACAACCUUUGUGCCAUGCUCAACGCCUGUUGCCUCUGUUGGAGGUACCACCUGGUUCAGCACCUGGCUGACGAUGUCUACAUACACAACAACAACUUGCUAUCCUGUCACUCAAACAAAAGUGCCAUCGCCUCCCUCGCCCCCUUCUCCUCCGUCGCCUCCAUCGCCUCCGUGCAACGGCGGGAACUGCCCUCAACCACCUUCACCACCAGGACCGCCAGGGCCGCCAGGGCCACCAGCGACCCAAUGCCCUGCUCAAGUGACCGUCACCGUGACCGUAACGAAAACAGAGUGUGGAGCCGGUUGCAUCCCCCCAACGCCUCCUCCAACCCAAUUACCACCCCAGCCAGGCAGCCCAGGCAGCCCAGGCAGCCCAGGAAGUCCAGGAAGUCCUGGAAGUCCUGGAAACCCUGGAAACCCUGGGAACCCCCAGCCUGGUCAGCCCUGUCCAAGGUGUUCGACCUUUACAAUCACAGAUAUCCACGGUACCACCAAGACCAUUAUCGUCCCACCCCAAACACCACCCGUCAGCCCUCCUCCUGGAACUGGAGUUCCCCCUUCCCACACCACGAAACCCCAUCCACCGGUGGGAACUGGGACAAACCUUCCCCAUAAGAAGUACAAGCCAUAUCCAAACUACCUGUAA